AUGAUUUCAGAUAGUUUGAAACCUUGGCUUGAAAAUGAACAGCGAAAAUUUGAAUCUUUUACCGAAGAGAAUUUUCGGGAUUUUUCGAAAGCAUGUCAACAAGAAGUUGACUGGCUAAAAAAUUAUUUACGUGACAUUAUUGUUCGUUCAAAAAAACUCGAGACAAUAAAUUCGGACACUCGCGAUAAUAUUGGAAGUGCUACUAUUUCUAAAGAACGACUUAAAGUACAGCAUAGAACUAUGAAUGUUCCAAACUCAAAUAUUCCGCAAAAUUCACAAAAGGUGGUUCCAAAACGUCUCGUAAAAACAAAACCUGAGAUUAAGUCACUGGUGCGAGCCGCUGCUAUAAAAAAAGAACAAGAAGAACACGAAAAAAAAACGGCUGCAAAAGAAUGGGAAACAAAACGUUUGGCCGCUUCGCAACGUAGGCAAGAGGAGCAACAAAAACGCUUGCAAAUUGCCAAACAACGUGAAGAAGAAUGGAAAAGAAAAGCAAACCUUAUUACUGAUACAAAAAAAAAGGAGGAAAAAAAACGAAUAGAUCAAAGUUUGCAGAAGCCAUUCGAUAUCAAAAAAAAGAAAGAUGUAGAUUUAAAUCAAAACAAGCCCGCUCCACAUGAAAAAAAUUUGACAUCAUCAGUUACAAUAGAAGAUUCACAAAGCGAAGAUAGCGAGGAUGAUGAUAGUUUUGUGGAAGUGGCUAAAUACAAAGAUAUACGUCCAAGCUGGUGUCAACCUCAUAAUAUAAGGGCUGCUUUAAUACGUCAAGCUUCUAUUGAUCCGGAGACUAUUUUUGGCAGCAUACAACCGUUGGAUAUGAGUG